AAUGCAGGUCAGCCGCUGGGUGUUUUAGAUGGAAUUCCUAUUGCAGUAAAAGACAACUUUAACACAGCUGGCAUUGAGACAACAUGUGCAUCGAACAUGCUAAAAGGUUAUAUUUCUCCUUACAAUGCUACAGUAGUUCAGAAAUUACUGGAUCAGGGAGCUGUGCUUUUAGGAAAAACAAACCUAGAUGAAUUUGCAAUGGGAUCUGGGAGUACAGAUGGGGUAUUUGGACCAGUCAGAAAUCCCUGGAGUUACUCAAGACAGUACAAGGAAAAAUCUCUCCCAAAAUCCCCUUCUGAGGACGAGGAGUCUAACUGGGUAAUAACGGGAGGGAGCUCAGGAGGCAGUGCGGCCGCUGUGUCAUCUUUCACAUGUUUUGCAGCCUUAGGGUCAGACACAGGAGGAUCAACCCGAAACCCUGCUGCUCACUGUGGUGUAGUAGGUUUAAAGCCAACUUAUGGACUGAUCUCUCGCCAUGGUCUCAUUCCUCUAGUGAACUCCAUGGAUGUGCCAGGAAUCUUAACCAGAUGUGUGGAUGACGCAGCAGUUGUGUUAGGUUCACUUGCUGGACACGAUCCCAAAGACUCUACCACAAUUCAGGACAAAUUCAAGCCAUUUGAACUACCCAAUUUGACUGAUGUCAGCAAACUCUCUAUAGGAAUUCCAAAGGAAUAUCAUGCGCCAGGGCUUUCUAGUGAAGUUCUGGCUCUCUGGUCAAAGGCUGCUGACCUCUUUAAGGAUGCAGGUGCUAAAGUAAUUGAAGUGAGUCUACCACACACUCAUUACUCAAUUGUCUGCUAUCAUGUGCUGUGCACAGCAGAAGUGGCAUCAAAUAUGGCCAGGUUUGAUGGACUGGAAUACGGACACCGUUCUGACAUGAACAAGUCCACAGAAAGUAUGUAUGCUGCAACACGACGAGAAGGCUUUAAUGAUGUUGUAAGAGGAAGAAUUCUAUCAGGAAACUAUUUCUUGUUGAAACAGAACUAUGAGAAUUACUUUAUCAAGGCACAGAAAGUCAGACGUCUCAUUGCCAAUGACUUUGUGAAGGUUUUUGAGAGUGGUGUUGAUAUUUUACUCACUCCUACCACUCUGAGUGAUGCAGUACCAUAUGUGGAAUUCAUCAAAGAAGACAACAGAACCCGCAGUGCGCAGGAUGACAUCCUGACACAGGCUGCAAACAUGGCUGGACUGCCAGCCAUAAAUGUUCCUACAGCCCUUUCAGAGAGAGGCUUGCCUGUUGGGCUUCAGUUCAUUGGACGUUCAUUCCAGGAGAAGCAGCUUCUCACUGUAGCCAAAUGGUUUGAAAAACGAGUAAAAUUCCCAGCAAUCCAACUAGAAGAAGUGGAGAGGCAUGACCAUGGUGUCCUUCAGCAUCAGAAAUCUGCUUCUUUUUCGUAGCAUAGGACUUGCUGGUCACAUAAAGCAAGAAAGCUGUGGGGAUGGUCUAAAACUGUAUUCCUGCAGUUAAUUCUCUUUUGCAGAAAUAAUAAUCCAUUUUAAGAAGACCAUAUGCAGUAAUGCAGGAUGGAAUCAUAACAGCUUGUUACUGUGUAAUUAAGGCAAAGUGAAUCAUUAAGUAAACAUGUCUGUGUUAUUAAGAACCAUUUCUAACUGAUAUUAAAACCACCAAAUUGAAAUUAUGUAGCUUAUGCCUGUGGAGCUGCUUUUUUCCAUCC